AUGGCUGAAGCUAUGCAAAGUCUCCCACCGCUUGGUUUCAUUGCCAUCGAAGUCGAUAUCCACCGACCACCAGGUGAUCCCUACAAUGAUCGAACCUGGUCGUUUCCUCUCAUCCGUGAAAUGGCUGAGGGAUCAAAAGUUUCGCAAGUCGUCACCUCUUCAAGUUAUGACUCUACAUUCAUAGACCGUUUUGUAGAUGCCGGUCUACGUCUAGCGGCUAGAGGCUGCGUAGGCAUCAUCACUAGUUGCGGUUUCCUAGCACUAGCCCAGGCCGAACUUACUGCAAGAUUGCCCAUCCCAAUCGCAACGUCAUCGCUGGCUCAAUUGCCUUCCAUCCUACCUCUGCUUCCGCCGGGCAAUAGCGUUGGGGUUCUGACCUACGAUGAAUCAAGACUAGGCUCACAACACCUUGCGAGCUUUGUGUCCGAGCAGUCGCUUCCCAAGAUCAUCGUCCGUGGUGUACCUGCAGAAGGACAUCUGAGAGGUACAAUUGGAAAGGGCGCCCCGUACGUCCACGAAGAUAUUGAGGCAGAACUCGUCGCUGUUGCAAGAGACUUUGUGGCUAGUCGGCCUGACAUUAGAAUCCUGGUACUCGAAUGCACCAAUAUGCCACCAUUCUCGGAAGCAAUCUACAAAGCACUGGGCGGGAAGAUCCCCAUCUACGAUGUGUACACUAUGGGACAGUGGUUCUACUCUGGGUUAGUAAGACGAGCGCCGGUUCACUGGCGCGGGUAG